AGAAUGUCAAAAGAAGAAGUGCUGGGACGAGCCAGAAGUCAGAACUAGACCCAACAACGACCAUGCUCGCGCCUGCCCAUAAGUAGUGUCGCCGCUGCUAGCGAUGGGGCAGCACCACGCCAAAGGCCACCUCGCAGAGUGCAGACACCACAGUCGGAUUAGCCAUGGACACCUUCUUCCUGUCGCACGGCGCGGUCACGCUCUCCGUCGACGAGACGAUCCCGGCGCGAGCCUUUUACAAGUCGUGGCUGCCGGCGGCCAUCGCGGGCAAGCAGGCGCCGCGUGCUAUCCUCGUCGUGUCCGCCCACUGGGAUACGGAGGCCACGCCGACCGUCAACGUCGUCCACGGCACCAACGACACCAUCUACGACUUCCAUGGCUUCCCGGAGGCCAUGUACAAGCUGAAAUACCCUGCGCCGGGCGCGCCUGACGUCGCCGAGAGGACCAAGAAGCUCCUGGAGGACGCCGGGUUCGGGCCGGUGAGCGAGGACCACGGCCGCGGGCUCGACCACGGCACCUGGGUGCCGCUGAUGCUCAUGUACCCGGACGCCGACAUCCCGGUGUGCCAGCUCUCCGUGCAGAGCGGCCGCGACGGCACCUACCACUACAACCUCGGCAAGGCGCUUGCGCCGCUCAGAGACGAAGGGGUCCUCGUCAUCGGCACCGGCACCGCCACGCACAACCUCAGCAAGAUGGGGCCUCACGAUGCGCCGGUGCCGCAGUGGGCAUCCGAGUUUGACACCUGGCUCAAGGAUUCGCUCCUGGACGGGAGGUACGACGACGUGAAGCAGUAUGAAGAGAAGGCACCCUAUGCCAAGGUGGCACACCCUACGCCGGAUCAUUUCUACCCACUGCACGUCGCGCUCGGCGCUGCCGGGGACGAGUCCAAGGCGGAGCUGAUCCACCACAGUUGGACCAACGCCAGUAUCUCCUACGCCUCGUACCGUUUCACCGCCAAGAACUGAUGAUCUCCGCAUCAAGUUAUUUGAGUUUGUAAUAAAUUGGAUGCUGAAAUUGUGGGAUAAACUCGUUUAUGUUGUAU